CUAAAGCAGAGUUGGAGUUCGUGUCUAUGAUAUGAUGAUCAAAUUCAACUGGAGUUUGGGAGCAGAUACGGUUGUUUCACGGAUAGAUUGCUGACUGUACCUUCUCUGUCGCUUACAUCUGAGGUAUCCGCAUCAUGGAAACUGAAUGUUCGAAAAGAGUCUACCAGGGAGUCCGGGUCAAGCACACAGUGAAAGAUCUGCUGGCAGAAAAGAGGUCACAGCAAACGAACGGGCCAUGCUACAAUGGUGUAUCUACUCCUCAGAGUCCAUUUGUACAAAUGACAGGUUCUCACUUGCUUCCUAGUUACUACGGUAUGAGAAGACCUUUCCUUUCGGACACUGAGUUUUGCCCCUCAAGCAAAGCAUUUCCUGGUGAUGUGUACCCCUCAGCACUUUUAGGGAAGUCUCUCUCAUCUGACACUGGAUGCAUGUCCGGCUAUUCCUCUCUCAUAGACAGCUACUACCCAGAGUCUUUUGGAGACUACCGUAGCACACCGUUUUCCAAUGGAGGAAGCACGAUAUUCUCACCCUCUGCAUUGACGUCAUUGCUUCCUACUUACUCCAGUGACCCGUCACAUUAUUUGCUGAGGGAUUCUUGGGAGCACACGGGCACAGAGGUGGUGGAGAGUUUGUGUGGAGAUGGUUUUGCUCCAAUGCCCCUGUCUGCACCCAGUUCUCUGGCCAACCCUGAGAACGCCAGCCCGUCCCAGUACCGCUCUUCUUCGCGAGGUUCUAGUAUGACAUCUUCACAGUCAUACUCUCUCCAUUCACUGGAUGAAGUAAAUUAUCAGUCCCCAUUCCAGUCCACCUCCGGCAGCUUUACAUCUCCUUCAUUUGUGACUGAGUCUGCUAGCAAAAUGACAGUGCUGCCCUCAGAGGACACUGAGACUGCCACCCCAGCCUUGAGCGACAGCGUGGCAUGGGGAAGGGAGGACACUGCUAGUACUUGGUCACAGUAUGAGGUCAGGAGGUCAUUCUGAGAUUGAACCAUGAGGGAAUAAAGGCUUACCGGCCUAGCAGAUCAACACCUCUUCAGUUCUCAAGUAAGACAAUUAACACUAAAAUCUAUUGUCAGGUUUACUUAGCAAAGCUAAGGCUGGGGAACAAAUAUCGCAACGCUGUAUGCUCUAUUUGAUGUUUUUUGUUUGUAUAAUUUAUAAUAACUGUGUCUUCAUUUUUUAAACUUCCACAAGUUCUAUGGUCUCAACAGGAAAAUGGUAAUAAUCAGUAUAAGGCAUUUGUAUAUUGGAUUCUUUUUUAUUUUAUUUGUAUGACACAUAAGUGACUGUGAGUCUAUUUACAGUAAAUGUAUAUUGUUUGACUACGAUCAAAGAAAUGGAAUCACUGCAUUCUACCAGUUCAGGGUGAGUAGAUCCACAAAAAAAUGUAACAGUCUCAAAAGCAAGAUGAUCCGCACUCCUUUUUCUCAAUUUGUUUAUGUUAUUCAUAUCUCACAGUACAGGAUAACACCUAGAAAAUUGAUAUCAUUGGCAAAAAUUAAGUGUUACAAUAUUUUUAGUUGAUGUGUAAUGAUGUAUAAAUGAAAUAUAGUUGAUGUCUAUGCUAGUCUUAUUUGUCUUGUUUUAUUUUUAAUAUUUCAAUUUAAAAGCCUUAUGUUAAACCUGUCUAAAAGGUCAAUAAAAUAAUAAUAAAAAGAAAUGACUUUUGUAACUUUACAACACAGGUCAGAUAUAUUUGUUUUAUAUGUGCAGGUGCAAAUUCCCAUAUUUUUCUGCAACAAAUUAAACUCAUUUAGAAAUGUACAAUGGUGUAAAUUUGUGGCAAGUGCAAAGAGUUCUGUUGUUAAAACUAACACCAUUAUAGCUCUCUUAGAAAAAAAAGCUUUGCAAAAAGGUUCCAUUUAUUAAAGAAAUCUUCUGGGUUUAAUGCAAGUGAAGCUCAAUCAACAGCAGUUGUAACAGCCUGUUGAUUACCACAAAAAUUCAAGUCCACUCAUCCCUCCUUUUCUUUAAAAAAGCAAAUCUGUGUGAAAGUGAAUGGGGGCCUAUUUAAAUAAAUAAAAUCGCUUACUAACCUUUUCAGUGUAAAAUGAGUGCCAAUUUUACAUCCUCGUUGGCAAGACAAAUAUCCCCAAAACCUAAAAUCCUAAAGCGACUGUAGAAAUUAUGAUUUAAACAACAUUACAUCUCAAAUAAUACACAAGUUUUAUUAAUAUUAAUGUAAGAGAUUUUAUCAAAUUAUAAGCUUCUCAUUUCUGCUUUUAAACCCUCCAAAAAUUGACCCCAUUCUCUUCCAUUGUAAGUGCCUUCCUGUAAAAUUCAUAUUUGCUUUUCUUUAAAAAAAGCCUCAAGCGAUUUUUGUGAUAAUCAACAUUAUGCCACAAAUGCCGUCGAUUGAGCUUAACUUGUACUGAACCUGGAAUAUUCCUUUAACAUUAGUUAAUGCAUUAGGUACCAUGAACUGACAAUGGAUAACAUUUAUUUUUUAUAGCAUUUUAUUCAUCUGUUAAUAUUAGUUAAUAAAAAAAGAAUUGCUAAUUGUUAGUUUAGAUUGGUUCAGAGUGCAUUAACUAAUGUUAACUAAUACAACGUUUGGUUUUAAAAAUAUUAGUAGGGUACAAUGGGGGUAAAGGCUCCCUGGGGCAAAAGGUUCUUUGAUUUGAUUUUCUCCUAAAGCACUAAAUAGCAUAAAACAGUAGCCUACUAUAGUACUUUCCUCAACACCUGUUUGUCA